UGUUGGCAGUGUAUUCGUCAGUGUGACUUCUAACGGUUGUAGCAGUGCUGCUGCGUUAUUCCGCUUUUCUGUCGAAGGAGUGUUAAUAUAAAGAGUAAUACAGGAGUUAGCUAAUCACACAUGGCUCUCAGAAGGUGCUGGAGGUUUGCCGGUGUUGUCCCUCGGCUUUUAUGGAGCAGCACCGUCCAUCCUGGGGCUUCCGUCCCAGGAGGACGAAGCUCUGUGUCCAGCUUCGUCAACACUCACCCCGGUUGCAUAAAUUCAGAGUUGCUGCUCCGGAGGUUCAGUUCAGAGCCGCAGAGCGCAGACGUGAGUUACGAGCAGCUGAAGCAGCUUCUGGCCAGCCGGAAAGCUGUAGUUAUAGAUGUCCGGGAGCCGUGGGAGCUCCGAGAGUACGGCAACAUCCCCGGAUCCAUUAACGUCCCCUUGGGACAAGUGAACACUGCCCUCCAGCUGGGUCCGGAAGAGUUCAAAGAAAAGUACGGUGGUGAAAUGCCCCAGCAGACAGAUAACAUUGUGUUCAGUUGUCUUGCGGGGAUCAGGAGUAAGAACGCACUCGACACUGCCACCUCGCUGGGAUACAAAGACGCUCAGCAUUACCCUGGUGGAUGGCAAGAUUGGUCAACACAUGAGCAUCAAAAAUGAACCAGGGAUAAAUGAACAUUAUAUAUAUAUAUAUAUAUAUAUAUAUAUAUAUAUAUAUAUAUAUAUAUAUAUAUAUAUAUAUAUAUAAAAAAAAAUAAAAUAAAAGCUUUUUUUUCAGUUACCUGAAAUCAGGCUGUAAAGUGAGAGUGUGUCACAAGCAGUCUCAUGAAGGGUCUUAAAAAGUUUCUGCACUUUUUUGUGGUUUCAAGUUUUCCUUAUCUGGAAGUCCCAAAGAGUGGGACUAGAGGGCUCAACAAACACAUCUGCUGCUGAAAAUGUAAAACCUACUGCAUUCUUACUUGAAGUCAGCAUAUAACUAUUUAUAAACCCUUUAUAACUCAAAAAAUUCAGAUAUAACCAGCUAUAAUGUACGAAAGGCACGAACAAUUUUGUGUCCAAACUACCUAUGCAAAUGACUCCAUAACUGUAUGUCUUCCAUUGCUUACUAUGAACUGUCUUAAUGCUUCAGGUUGAUGCACUGUAAAUACUAAAUUAAGGCUUAACAGUCAGUUUAGUUGUUGCCAACAUCAUUUGAUUAAUAAAAUGAUAGUUUUGAUGAACAGUAAUAUCUA